UCGACUCCGGCAAUGAAAGUAAAAGUGUUGGGAUGAGGUAAAUUAAUUGACAAACAUUCUUGACAGGAGGAAACGAGAAAUGAUUGAUAGCUCCUUUUGCGAUGAAAGUUCCACCAUCGCACUAUGGUUUGGCACCAGCAUAGAGCUGCUCGCACGAUUCAAGAGCGCGCAUGGUGCCCGGGACAGCAGAAUGCCGUGGCCCGUGGCCGAGUCUGCGCCCUGAGGAGUCCGCAUAUAAAUGAUGUUGCGAUCGCAGGUUUGAAGACCAACUCACUUCUCAUAUUCUCUUUCUUGCCUCCCAACCAACAAAUCUCAUUCAUCAUGGCUAUCACCGGUGUCCUUGUAAACGUCCACGACACUGACCUCGUGUUGGCGACGGCCAAAGACGGCGUGCACGUCAAGGUCCAAGGUCAGGGCAUCAACCAUACCGACAAUCAGAGGUGGAUCGCGAAGUACAAAUACGACAGAACAGCGGACGCGAAUCUGUGGUCGGUCCAGAACAAGGAUACUGGAAAUUACUUGUCGUGGAACUCGAGCAUGCAAGUCAUCAUGAGCGACACUGAGCACUGGUGGAAAUUGGUCUCCGUAGAGGGCAAUAUCGCACUCCAAGUCCCCCACGCGACCAAGGACGGCAGAUAUUAUACUUUGGAGCUUGAAGAUGAUGCAUCGGUCACCCUCAAGAACCAGCAGGGGGAUCCCAUCAGCAGGCAGCUGUGGACUCCUGUGAACGAAUGAGCGUGCGCCUGAAGGAUUUCGUUUCAAGUUGGCUGUCUCGCGAAUGUGUUAGUCUGCGUGCUUGUUGACGAACGUGACAUUCAACUGUCGCGGUGAAUGGGCCGCAGUCCCCUGUUUUUCGUGUCUUCUGUACAAGAAUUAUGCAUUGUUGUCUGCCGCGGCACAUAGCACGCGUGUGGUUGGUUCCGUGAGCGCGAGUAAUUCUCAACCAGCAACGCGCAUGUCUUCGAUAUUCGUGCGUGCCGUGCUUCUGAUAAUUCGAGUGCGGUAUAGUGGGCAUUAACAGGACGAGGCGUGCGCUAGCUCAGAGAAG